GGAACCCUGGUGUUGGUAUCACCAUCAUCCCGAAGACAGGGUUGGGUUUGAUAUCAGGUGGUAGAUGAUAUAACCAGCCUCGCACAGUACAAAGUGGGAUAUAGUUAGUACUCCGUACUAUGAUGUCCUCUAUCGAUUCGGCCCUGUCAAUCCCACCCCAUCCGCAGUGUCCGUGCCUGGGUCAUAACCUCAUUCUAAGAAAUGCUCCAACGCCAACUUGCAAUCCCACUGGCCUGGCCAGACCCAGACCCGGUGGAUUGACAGAACAGUCCUAUCUAUUAUUAUGACCAUUACCAUGACCGUAGAAGCAGUACUAGUAGUAGUACUAGUACUACUAUCAAACUCUAACUACUACCUGUCUCCGAGUUACUGGUACUUACCACCACCACUACUACUGCCUACCUACCUUACCACCUCCACCUACACCUACACCUACUACUACCUACUACUACUACAACUACUACCUCCACAAACUCACAAACCUCACUUCUCCAUCCAUCCCCUCACCACCUCUUCAACCACAACACAUCCACAUUCUCAAACCAACCACCAAAAUCGGCGCCACCUUCUCCUCCAAAUAUCAACCCCCCAGGAUCCCCACGAAUCCUACAACAUGACCUCCCCCAUGACCAGCAAAGUCUCCAAGCUGAACCUCAGCCCCGACUCCACCAAAAAGGGCACCCCCCCAAACUCGGCGGCAGCAAGAAGCAGCCCCCACCUCUGCCUCCGCUGCCCCAUCCCCGCCCCGGGCCCUGGGCCCCAGAAACGCACCCCCAAGAAACUCAACCCCGUCAAAUCCACCCCCACCGAGGAGCUGGACCAGGAGCCCAGUCUGCCUGCUACCCCGACUCCGAAGGGAAAGGGGGCCGGGCUGGGAAGGGGUAAGACUCCCUCGCGGCUCAGUGAGCAGCGGUCUUCCCCUGCGCCGGUCCCGGAUGAUUUGCAGUCGCAGGCGUCGGGGUCGACGGCUCCGGGGGGGAGUGGUGGUGCAGGUGGUGCAGGAGGAGGGGGAUUGGGCCGGUCGUUGGGCGGGUUGACCGGCAAGGUGAAGGAUACUGCGCAGGGCGCGACCAAGGGUGUGGGUGAGACGGCCAAGGGGGCCACGAAGGGUGUGACUGGCGCUGCGAAGGGCGCGACCAAGGGUGUUGGUGAUACGGCCAAGGGCGCGACCAAGGGUCUUGGUGUCGGUGACGCUGGCGCUGGCGAUGUUGUCGGCGAUGUCGCCGAUACCGCGCAGGGCGCCGUCGAGGGUGCCACCGAUACUGCGCAGGGUGCGACCGAAGGCGUCACCGAUACCGCGCAGGGCGCGACCAAGGAUGUCGGCGACACUGCGCAGGGAGCGACCAAGGAUGUCGGCGAAGCGCUGCCCGAGAACCUCGGACCGAUCGAUCUGUCCGUCCUGAAGGGAUUGGAGAUCGGCGAGGACGGCUUGAUCCACGACAAGGAUGGCAAUGCCAUUGGGAGGCUGGCGGAGGGCCAGCCCGAGCAUCUGGUCGGGUAUGCGGUCGGUGAUAACGGCGAGAUCCUCGAUGAGGAUGGCGAUCUCGUCGGUGUUGCGGAUGUGCUGCCCGACGCGGUCAAGCAUCUCACCGGUGGUGUCAAGGACACGGCCGAUCAGGCGAAGGAGACCGUUGAAGGGGCUGCGGAUCAGGCCCAGGAGACGGCCGGUGAUGUCGCCAAGGGUGUCACUGAGCUGGCGGAUCUGGCGGAUCGGCCGCUCGGCGAGACGGGCGAGAUCAAGGAUGACGAGGGCAAUGUCAUCGGACGACUGGCCGAAGGCGACGCGGAGGAUCUGGCGGGCUAUGCCCCGAACAAGGACGGGGAGAUUCUCGACGACGAGGGCGAUCUCAUCGGAAGAGUCGAGCUGGUUCCUCAGGUCCAAGAUAUUGCCGAGGAGGCCCAGGAGCAGGUUGGCGAUACUGCUGAGGGUGUCACCGGACAGGUCCAGGAUACUGCUGAAGGCGCAAAGGACGUCGCUGAGAGCGUCCCCGAACAGGCCGAGGAUGCCUUCGAAGACGCCCAGGAGAAGGUCCAGGCCACCGCUGCCCAAGCCACCAAGACCCUCACCGACCUGGCCGAGCGUCCCCUCGACGCUACCGGCGAGAUCAAGGACGACGAAGGCAACGUCAUCGGCAGACUCGCUGAGGGCGACCCCGAGGACCUCGCUGGGUACGCAGCCAACGAAGCGGGCGAGAUCCUCGACGACGACGGCGACCUCAUCGGUCGGGUCGAACUCGUCCCGGGCCAGCUCGAGGAGACCGCCGGCGAAGCCACAAAGGGCAUCACCGACCUGGCCGAGCUGGCCGAACGCCCCCUGGACGAGUCCGGCGAGAUCAAGGACGACCAGGGCAACGUGAUCGGGCGACUCGCGGAAGGCAGCCCGGAGGAUCUGGUGGGCUACGCGGCCAACGAGGCCGGCGAGAUCCUCGACGACGACGGGGAUCUGAUCGGGCGCAUCGAGAUCGUCUCGCAGGCCGCGAAGGGCGCCGAGAGCGCGGCCGGAAAGAUCUCCAACAUCGGCCACUUGGCUGACCGUCCCCUGUCUGCCUCUGGGGCCAUCAAGGACGACCAGGGCAACCGCAUCGGCAAGCUGGUCGAAGGCAACCCCGAAGACCUGGCGGGCUACGCGCCCAACGAAGAAGGCGAGAUCCUGGGCGACGACGGCGAGCUGCUCGGCCGCGUCGAGAUUGCCUCCCAGGCCCUCGCAAAGGCCCAAAGCAUCGCCGGCAAGAUCUCCAACAUCGGUCGUCUGGCCGAUCGGCCCUUGUCGGCCUCCGGCGCCAUCAAGGACGAGCAGGGCAACGUCCUCGGCAAGCUGGUCGAGGGCAACCCCGACGAGCUCGCCGGCUACGCGCCCAACGCUGACGGGGAGAUCCUGGGCGACGACGGCGAGCUGCUUGGCCGUGUGGAUGUCGCGUCGGAGGCCCGCAAGGAGACCGAAAGCGCUGCCGGCAAGAUCUCCAAUAUCGGUCGCUUGGCUGGUCGCCCGCUGUCUGCUUCGGGUGGCAUCCGCGAUGACCAGGGCAAUCGCAUCGGGAAGCUCGUCGAGGGCAACCCCGAGGAGCUGGUCGGAAAGGUCCCCAACGAGGAGGGCGAGAUCUUGGAUGAUGAUGGCGAUCUUAUCGGCCGUGUCGAUGUCGCUUCGGAGGCCCGCAAGGAGACCGAAAGCGUCGCAGGAAAGAUCUCCAAUGUCGGUCGCUUGGCUGACCGUCCUCUGUCAGCCUCUGGCGCUAUCCGCGACGAUCAGGGCCGCCAGAUCGGGAAGCUCGUCGAGGGCAACCCCGAGGAACUCGCCGGCCAGGUCGCCAAUGCCGAAGGCGAGAUCCUGAACGAGGACGGCGAUGUCCUGGGUCGGGUUGAUAUCGCAUCGCAAGCCCGCAAGGGUGCUGAAAGCGCUGCCUCCGGCAAGAUCUCCAACGUUGCAGCCCUCGCCGAGCGCCCCCUGUCGGCCAGUGGAGCCAUCCGCGACGACAAGGGCCGGCAGAUCGGCAAGCUCGUCGAGGGCGAUGCCGAGGAGCUAGCCGGGCAGGUGGCCAACGCGGACGGCGAGAUCCUCGACGACGACGGCGAAGUCAUCGGCCGGGUGGACAUCGCGUCGCAGGCCCGCAAGGCCGAAAGCACCGCCUCCGGCAAGAUCUCCAACAUCGCCGACCUGGCGGGUCGGCCUGUCUCCGCCACCGGCGCGAUCCGCGACGACAAGGGCCGUAAGAUCGGACAGCUGGUCGAGGGCGACCCUGAGGAUCUCCAGGGCUAUGCCGCCAACGAGGCGGGCGAGAUCCUCGACGACGAGGGCGACGUCAUUGGCCGGGUGGAGAUCGCGUCGCAGGCGCGCAAGCUCACGCAGAGCGAAGCCGAAGCCGAAGCCGAAGCCAAGGAAGGCGAAGGCGAAGGCGAAGGUGAAGAAGAGAACAUCCCGCCGCUGUCCUCCCUCGAGGGCCUGAAAUGCAACAAGCUCGGCAAGAUCGUGGACCGCGAGACCGGGCGUCCCAUCGGCGAGCUCAUCGAGGGCGACCCCAAGAAGAUCGCCAAUCUGGGCGCCACGCUCGACGACAAGGGCCAGUUCUGGGAUAACCGCGGCAGGGUGAUCGGGAAGGUCAAGGCGCUGCCGGUGGAAGAGCACACCGAGGAACCGAUCUUCGCGGGCCUGGAGGGACUCACGGUCGUCGAGGACGGCUGGGUCGAGGACCAGAACGGAAAGCGGGUCGGCCGGAUCGUCGAGGGCGACCCCAAGAAGGUCCUGGGUCGCUACGUCGAUGAGGAUGGUGACGUCCUGGAUAAACAUGGGAACAUCAUCGCCAAGGCCGAGUACUACGAGGCCCCUGAGGAGCCGGAGCCCGAGGCUAUCGACCUGUCCAGUCUCGAGGGCUUGACGCCCAACAAGCUGGGCUAUGUCAUCGGCCCCAAGGGCGUACCUAUCGCCCGCGUCGUCGAGGGUAAGCUGAAGGAGUUGGCAGGCAAGGAGAUCCACGACGGCCAGAUCUGGGAUGGCGGCAAGCCCAUCGGCCGCGUCGAGCUCAUCCCCCAGGAGGAGCGCGAGAAGACGCCCGAAGGUCCGUUUGCUGGGCUCGAAGACCUGGUCGUGAACAAGGAGGGCUUUGUCGAGGAUGACGACGGCAACGUCGUCGGAAAGGUCGUUGAGGGCGAUAUCCGCAUCCUGCGUGGCCGGGCCGUCGACGAGGACGGCGAGAUCAUCGACAAGUACGGUAACGUGAAGGGUCGUGCGGAGCCAUGGGAGGCGCCCGAGGAAGAGGCGCCCGAUCUCUCCAUCCUCGAGGGCAAGACCGUCAACAAGAGCGGCAAUGUCGUCGACGCCCAGGGCAACGUCUUCGGGCGGGUCGUCUCAGGCGAGAAGGGCCUUGCGGGCCGGAAGGUCGACGGCAAGGGCCAGGUCUGGGGCGACAACGGCAAGGUGAUCGGCCAGGCCGAAUUGAUCCCCGGCGCGGAGGAGCAGAAGCCCGAGGGCGUGUUCUUCGGGUUCGAGAACGUCGUCGUCGGCAAGAACGGGCUGGUGACGGACGCCUCCGGACAGGUCAUCGGCCGGGUGAUCGAAGGCGAUCCGAAGCGUCUGCAGGGCCGGUCCGUCGACGAGGACGGCGACAUCCUCGACAAGAACGGCAAUGCGAUCGGGAAGGCCGAGCGCUGGGAGCCCGAGGAGAAGAAGCGCGACGUUAACCCCAUGUCGGGCCGCAAGGUCAACCGCGAGGGCGAGGUCCGCGAUGCCGAUGGUAACCUCAUCGGCAAGCUGACGGCGGGCAACCUGCCCUCGCUGAUCGGGAAGAGCAUCGAUGAUAAUGGCUAUGUUGUUGAUAACGACGGCAACAAGAUCGGAGAGUGCACGCUCAUCGAGAAUAUCCCUGAGCCCGAGCCGGAAGAGCCCCAGAUCUCGCAGGAGGAGCUCGAGGCCCAGCGCAAGGCUGAAGAGGAUAGAGAACUCGCGAAGAAGAUGACCGGCAUCAUUGCCCAGACUCUGGAUCGGUUGCAGCCUAUCUGUCGCAUGAUUACUGAGCACAUCGACAAAGCCGAAAAAACACCCAAAGACGAGCUGGACGAAGAACAACUCGUCAAAGACGUGAAGCCCCUCCUCGAAGAAGGCGGGCAAAUCCUCCAGGAAUGCAACGGAUCCAUCCGCGCCCUCGACCCCGACGGCCACAUCGCGGCGACGGCCAAAGCCCGGGCUGCGACCCACGAAGCCUCGCCCGAGGAAUACGGCCUGGCGGACCACAUCAAGACGCUAACCGACGUGGUGGUCAAGACGAUCGAGAACGGCAAGAAGAAGAUUGCGGGAAUGCCGCACGCCAAGAAGAAGCUGAACCCGCUGUGGGUGUUGCUGAGCGAGCCCCUGGGGCAGAUCAUUGCCGCCGUGGGGUUGUUGUUGGCCGGUGUGUUGGGGCUCGUGGGACGGCUGUUGCAGGGUCUUGGACUCGGGGGUUGGUGAAUGGGCUGCUGGGUGGAUUGGGGCUGGAUAAGUUGCUGGGGAGUUUGGGGUUGGGGACGAUUACGGAUUCCUUGGGGAUUACGGGGAAGAAAUAGUGGCUUUUCAAGUUUCUUUCUGCUGAGCAAUGGGUUGGACAAACUGCUUUUCUUUCUGAACAAAAUGGUCUUUUUUUGCGUGCGUGCGUGUCUGCGUGUGUGUGUAUUUGGUAGUUAACUAUUAGUCAUGAGUCAUGUUAUCGUGGUGUACUAUAUGUAUAAGUAAUGGGACUUUCAAU